GAGCGUCGCGUCGUGUUCCAUUCCAAUUUCAUUUCCGAAAUAUUUUUGCAUUGCAAUUCAUAAACAUUAGAUAUUAUAAUAUCAGUGAUUGUAAACAAGGAAGUCAAAUGAAAACAAAACAUGUCAUCGAAAUUUCGUAAAGUGCAAGCGCAGCGUAAAUUCGCUCAAGGCGCUUACAUCCCGCCCCACCACAAUAACAACGUCUCCGCCGAGCGGCGGUGCGAAGGUCAUGAGAAGCCAGCGCCACCGCCCGCCAUAGUUCAGAACAUGUCCGCGGUGUCGCUACUGGACCAAGUUUCAUUUCAUAAUUUACAUUACCAUGAUCGCAAGAUGCAGCCCGUGGUCCGCCUGGAGCGCUUGCCCCGGAUUCAGCCCGACAGGACGCCCCGCAUCCUCCGCAGGGUCUCAAUCGCCACUGACUCCACCACCGCCAUACCGCUGCUUUACCGCCGGCAGGUGUGGCCUCAUAGCAAGCUGGGGUUGCGAAACCGGGUGAUCUUAAAGAAAAAUCCCCGGCAAUUGUCUAAGAAAAAGGUGUCCAGAAAUCUGCGCACGCGACGCAUGGUGACUAGACGAAAGAGGACCUGCUGCAGGGACGAUACAGACACAGAAGAUGAAACGCCUUUGAAAUAUCUAGCGGCCUCGUCACCACUAGACCCCCCGGGCAGGUCUUUCCCCAAGGAUUCAGAUGGUCCGUCGACGUCCAAAGACAGUUCGGGCUUCUACAGCGCUGAUAACAUCGAGCGGUGGAUCAGCGGGGCUGCCCAGUCUACAAGUCAGUUCAAGGUGCCGCUGCCGCCGAGGCCCAAAGCGGCCAAGCAUCCCGGUAGACAGUUUCAGAGGGACGAAAUGCUAAUGAUACCAACGGUUGAAGACUCUAUGGAGAUCCCGGAGAUCCCGCCUUCGCCCAGUAAUGCUGGAUGCGAUAAGAUUGAGCGCAUGAGUCCCACCAUAUCCACGUCGUCUUGUUAUCAACAAAACGAUGAUGAAGACCAAAAAGUGGAGCCCGAGUCUCUUGUAACCGUGGCCCCCUGUCCGUCCGAACGAUACGUGACAAUCAAAGAUGUAGUCAAUGCCUCCCAGGAGGAGCGAAAGUUGCGUUGCAGUAUCUGUGAUUUCUGCAAGAGGGCCUACAAGGUCGAGCAACUCUCGCAGGUGUUCAGGGAAUCAGCCGACGACGGGGAAGCUUCCAACAUGGUCAUAUGGCAGUCGAAGCCAUCGCGGAGUAGCGACGACAAACAACAGACAUCCAAUUACGUCUAUCUCGACAUCCUGCCGGGCGUCAGCAAUCUUGUCAUCCAAAUACAGUAUACCGUGAUUCCCAAUCAAAAGAAACCCAUUCUCCAAGCGCGUAUUGUAUCAAAAUCCGAAGCUGAGUCAAUCAAUGAGUGCAAUUUGAUCGAGAACGAAAGCUUGUUCGAACAGCUCGUUGAAUUUUUGGAUGCGAAAAUGCUGAAGCGAUACAGGACGAUCUUGUUAGACGCUCUAGCGGCUGAGAAGCGUUCGGCGGAAGGAGAGACGUCGCGACCGAAACGGAGUCGGCCAAAGUUGAAAGCUAAAAUUACUAGAAAAGUUGCGGCGCGGGGCAAACCAUACGAUUUUAAAUCUGCCGCGAAAUUGACUAAGUUUUCUAGCAAUUCGAACAAAUAUGUCGAUAAUUCGAGCAAUUCCGCCGUCAAUUCGAGCAAGUCCGCCGUCAAUUCGAGCAAGUCUGCCGUCAGUUCGAGCAAGUCCGCCGUCAGUACGAGCAAAUUCGCCGCCAGUACGAGCAAAUCCGCCGUCAAUUCGAGCAAGACCGCCGUCAAUUCGACCAAGUCCGUCGUCAAUUCGAGCAAGACCGUCGUCAAUUCGAGCAAGUCCGUCGUCAAUUCGAGCAAGUCCGCCGGCAAUUCGAACAAAUCAUCGGCUAGUACCAGCAAAUCCGGUGCGAAUGUGGCGAGUCCGGGACCCGCUCCGGCCGUGGCCGGGCCCGCGGUGGGGGGGGCUCUGCCCGGGGCCAGCACGAGCGCGAGCCCCGCCGCCUUCCCCGAGACUCCGGCGGCCGAGAGGAAGCCCAGUGCGGCGGUGCGCGACGCCCCGGUCUAUUAUCCCACCGAGCAGGAAUUCUGCGAUCCCGUGGCGUACUUCGAAAAGAUAAUGCCGACGGCGAGCAAAUUUGGCAUCUGCAAGGUGGUUGCGCCUGCGUCGUUCAAGCCGAAAUGUACAGUGAACGACAAGAUAAGGUUCAACGUGGCCAACCAGUACGUGGCGCGGCUGUACACGCGUUGGGGGCCCGCCUCUCGGGAAAUGUGCGCGAUUAAGGCCCACCUAGCAUCGCAAAGGGUGCCUUUUACGAGGUCGCCAAUUCUGGACUCGUUGGAAGUGGACCUCCCGAAGUUGUACCACACGGUGCAGAAGCUAGGUGGUCUGAAGAAGGUGAUCGAGAAGAAACUGUGGGGUCGGGUGGCGGAGAACAUGCGGUUCUCCAAGAGACCACAGCUGGAGAAGAGACUGGACGACAUUUACGUCAGAUACCUGCUGCCCUACGAUACUUUGUCAACUCAGGAGCGAGACGACAUUAGGGCGGAGGUCAACAAAGGCUGGUACAAGAAGAACACCAAGAUCGUCCGGCGUUCCUUGAACCCUCUGCACCGACAGAAGCAAUUGCUCGGCGAGAGCGGCACUUCCGCUUCCGAUACGGAGGACGAGUCCGAUGUAGCCGGCGCUCUCACUGAAGCUGAGGACUGCAUUGUCUCUGGUCGGAGGAUGACCCUGGCUAAUUUCAUGAAGGUGGCCCAAGCGGUGAAAGACCAAUAUUUCCCCGACAACCCCGAGCCGACGCCUCGCGAAGUGGAGGACGAGUACUGGCGCAUAGUACUACUGGCGCAGGAGCAUAUUUGUGUGAACACGGCCUCCAUAGACACGGGGGAGGAGGGCUACGGGUUCCCGAAGGGCAAACAGGACCCUUACGGCAAGCAUCCGUGGAAUCCGAAGAUGAUAUCCCAGAACCCUGGCAAUGUGCUAUCAAUGCUGGGCCCCGUGCUGGGGGUGACUGUUCCCACUCUCCACCUGGGCAUGAUGUUCUCCACCAGCUGCUGGCACAGCGACCCCCACGGGCUGCCCUGGAUUGAGUACAUGCACAGCGGACCUGCCAAGAUAUGGUACGGUAUUCCGGACGACCAGAGCGCCGCCUUCCGGGGCGCAGUGGAAAGUCUCUGCCAGACGUCCUGUCAGAACAAAUCAAUAUGGCUGCCCUCGGACAUCACAAUGAUACCGCCGCAUUUCCUGCUUCUGAGCCAGGUGUCCCUGACCCGAGUGGAACAAAACCCCGGGGAGUACAUCAUAGUGUUCCCGAAGGCGUACUCCAGCUCCAUAUCGACUGGAUACACCCAGUCUGAGAGCGUAUACUUCGCCACCAACUCCUGGUUGAAGACAGUCGAUCACGUCUUCCAUGAGUUGAGCGACAGUUGCGAACCCACGAUGUUCUCGCUCGAGCAACUGUUGAUCGCAGUCGCGGGCGACCCACGCGCACCAGCCAGUCUCCUGCAACUUGUGCACACGACCCUCGCAACAAUCGUGGAGGACGAGUUGCAGCGUCGCCGCGACUUGUCGUGGCUCGGCGUUCCUAUAACGACAGCGACGCGACCGCCUCACAAGAAAAAGCCGGCGGGCGCUUGGAAUGACGAGUGCGAAGUGUGUCGGACUACUUUGUAUCUAUCUAAGGUUACGGGGUUGACUGACAAGAAAUCCGCCGUUUGCCUGAAGCAUGCUAUCCGCCUGUUGACUUCGGAAAAAACAAAGCGUGAAAUCACUGGGCUAUCCCUCGUCGAGUUUUUAACGAAGGACCAACUUCAAGAUGUCAUGACCAAAUUGCAGGACCGAUUCUGCCCAACUUAAAGAAAUUACUACAGACGCCUGGAAUUAUAAAUAAUAUAAUAUUUAUAUAUAAAUAAUAUAAGAAUAAUUUUAUAUAAGUACAAUAAAUCGGAAUAAUAAAAUACUAAUGCCAUAUUGAAACGGAAACUUUAAAAAACAGUAAUCGUAAGAGGCGAUUGAGGGAUCAAGCGGGAGGCGGGCAGCAGCGCCUCCUACGCUGUUAUGACAACAUAGUUAAAAGGUACUGCGGUCACCAACCCGCCUGCCAUCGUGGUGACUAUGGGCAAGAUCCCCCCAUUUCUGGGGAGGCAUUGGUCCAGCCUUGGUAUUUUAUGGGCUGUGUAACAAAUGCCUUAGUUAACAAAUGCACUAACAACGUAAAUGACAACUUUACAAGAGACAUCAUAUUUGAGUGUGAAUGACAGAAAAAAAAGAUAAUCUAUCGAGCAUCUCUUUCCCGUGGAUGUCGUUAAACACGACUAAGGGAUAUGCUUAUAAACUUGGGAUUCUUCAUUUAGGCGAUGGGCUAGCAACCUGUCACUAUUUGAAUGUUAAUUCUAUCAGUAAGACAAACAAGUGAAUGGUGGCCUCUCUGUUUUUCAAGACUGUUGGCUCUGUCUACCCCGUAAGGGUUAUAGAGGAUAUAGACUAUAUGUAUGUAUGUAUGAAGCAUCUUGGACGUAAUGGCGGCCGACUGUCACACUAUAAGUGAGAGUGUGCGCGUGAGGCGUGUAUAUAUAAAUUGAUGUUUCAUUUUGCCGUAUAGUAAAAUUCUGUCCGCCCAUUUUUUCCACGUCUACGUUUUUAAGUUAUAAGUGAAUCUAAAGUUAACUCUGUAUUUAUUUGUGAAUUCCAAAUAUAAAGGUGUUUAUUACAUUCGGUAACUAAGAAUUAUAUACAUAUUUUGUAACCGUUGCGUCACCAUGAUUUUGCUAGAAAGAGAUGGGAUAGCGUUAUUUUGUUUUGCGGAAAUGAAAGAGCACAGAAUUUUGUAGAUCUGGCACAAAAAAAAAAUUAAAUUUUACAGUUAACACAAUUGUGAAUUAAGGCAUAGUGUUAAG